UUCUCACCGCUGACGUACAUUCUCAGUGGCAGCGCCGCUGUGGCAAAUUAACGUUUAAAGAAGCAAGGCACCACUGUACGUUUUUGAAGCCAACGCAAAAACUGCUGGACCGCUCGACGUCUCGAACGCCGCAAGCCAGGUUAAUCGCCGAAAUGUGCUAGUUGUUAAUCGGCGACAACGUAGCAUAGCGCCAGCCGACAUUAGAAGCCCCUAAUUACAUGAGUGAGCGUCCACAGUGCUUCCCGCCCCGCAAUGUCGAGUUCGCGACUGGAUGAAUUACGGCGCGCACUAAGUAGAGUGGCCGAUUUCACAGAGGUGCACAACUCAUUCAUCAAUGCCCACAUGGUGGACUUCUACACAAACCAACACUGGGAGCACCUCGUGGACGCCGAUGUCGGCAGGGACCUGCUCAGCUUGACUGAACAAGAACUUUUGUGCUUGGGAACUGGGCAGUUCAUGAAUCUUGAAUGCGUGAGGGCCGGCCGCGUGCCAGCGCUGCAUUCCUUGGCGCUCGAACUGGAGCGACACACACUGUCCGCGCUCGGGGCUCUCAGCAGCGGCGACCGGCUCGCACACCCGGCGGCCUACAGCGAGAGCAGCAGCUUUGCGGCGCGCGGCAUGAGCCCCAAGAAGGAGCACGAGGUGGAUGCCAUGGCCGAGCUGGUGGGCUCGCUCGCGCAGCGCCUGGACGUCCGGCAGCUGCUGGACCUAGGCAGUGGCAAGGGUUACCUGGCCGCGCGACUGUGCGGGCCGCCGCACGCGUUGCGGGUUCUGGCCGUCGACAGCUCGGAAGCGCGGAACCUCAGCGCCCGCGAGCGUGCCGCCAAGAUGCUCUGCGCCGAGCGCCUGCAGACACUCACGGCCAGCGUGGACGAUCGGUUUGACGUGGAUGCCGCGCUGGACGGCAGCGACGGGCGCCUACUCGUGUGCGGCCUGCACACGUGCGGCGAGCUGGGACCCAGCGCCCUGAGGCUGGCGGUGCGCGGGGCACCCAGGGUGCGAGGACUGUGCCUGGUCGGCUGCUGCUACCACCUGCUGGAGCGCGGCUUCCCCAUGUCCAAAGAGCUCGGGGCUCGCGGGUGUCGGGACCCGGGCCGCAACGCGCGCAUGCUCGCGGCCCAGUGCGCUGACCGGCGCCAGGAGACCGGCGACACGCUCUUCUGGCGGGCGCUGCUCCAGCUGAUGCUGACGGACGAGGAACGAGAGUCGGGGAAGCGUGUGGGUCGCCUGACCGUGUCGGGAUCGUUCGCAGAUUAUGCGCUGCGGGCACUGCGGAGGCUCGGCCGCGAUGUCGUUGACGAGUCGGCGUUGCGAGCGCAAGCCGAGUGCCUGGAAUGCGAAUACGCGGGGGAACAACGACGCCGGCUUUCGGCUUUCCACCGGCUGCGCGUCGCCUGGGCCGGCUGCAUCGAGGCCCUUUUGCUCCUGGACAGGCUCGUGUUCCUGCUUGAACAGUGGCCGACGGUGGAGGAGGCGCACAUAGUGAGGCUGUUCGACCCAACGCUGUCGCCACGUUGCCACGCUCUCGUGGCACUCAUGCAACAUGUUGGACAGGAUUGAAGCAAGCAUUCCUUCAGUAGCUUUGAUGUGCUUGUGGAGUCGAGGUAAUUGUGCAAGCUGUCUGAAAGAUGCUGGUUACUACAUGGAUUUUUGGUGGAUCGGUGGACAACACUAUUGUUCAAGGUUCUCCAUAGCUGGAAAAAUAACGUCACCAUGUCAGCUAAUGUUCUGAGAUGAAAUACAGGCAGUUUUUGCUGGAGGAAUCUUAAAGCACAAUGGCAGGCUGUAACAUGCACAGAAUACAAAAGUCAUCGGGGUUCUAGCAUAAAGCCUCAAUAUUUGAGCCAUAUGUUGAGGACUAUGUCAAAGCAUUUCUUACAUGCACAUUUGCAUGAACCCAGCCUUCAGUUCAUUACUGGGAAGACAGAGUUGUGCACAUUUCUCACGGCUAUCACAAACUUGGUCCUUUUCUAAGCAUGUGGCCAUUGCUAUAACUUGAGAAGAAACGAGCUGAUCAGUUUGUUAGACUGCGCACCUCAAAUAAGCACAAUGACAUGACAACAGGCAGUGAAUUCCAAGGAUUAGAUUUAGGCCACCUGGAAUAUGCAUGCUGCAAAAUAAAGUCAGCGAAAUGUUCUUGAAAUUAUGCUCAAAUACAGGUCUCCCUUGAACCUGUGGCUUCAGAAUCAGUACAAGAACAUUAGAAUGCCUUCAACAGUAACGGUAGCCAGACAUUACCUUGGGGUGCUUUCCACCCUGCUUUCAUUUCUUAGGAGGGUGUUCACAUGGGACCUACAAAAAAAUAUCCGAGACCCCGACGCCCUCCCCCAACUUCCUUAUUCCCUACUCGCGAUGCCCCCCACCAGAUAAUGCAUAAAAUUAACACAGCCACAAUGGUAAUUUAAUUGAUUGAGCCUAAAAUGCCACAAGGGAAGACCAGGCAACAGCACGUUUUCCUUCUUUUCUGGCCCCUUGGCCGUAUCUCUUAAUUCCUUGCUGUUGGUACUGCAUUUGCAAUGCAGUACCAACUCGCCCAUUCAACACUAGCUGGCAACAUCAUUUGGACGAACUACACAACUGUUUCAGUAUAAAAAAAUGCCUCGUUUGAAAAAAUAGGUGUGCUCUCAGCCUUAUUCGUAAAAGUCAAUAAAUGCCCUCACUUCGGCCUCGGAACCAGGAACGUGGACAGUAUGGAUAAGCUGAAGAGGAACGGUAGUGUGCGAAAUUAUUGCAAGUGAAUUGCUUGUUUGCAGUUUUCUGGCAUCUACAAUAUAUCUUCGCUUAUGCAUUUACACUUCCCAGACUAAUAUUGCAAAAUACAAUAUUGCCCGUUGCUGGGUAUGCACUACACAGUUCCUACAUUCCACACCACCUAAUGUGAAGCCAUAUUAUGUGAGUGUUUUUGUCUGUAAAGAUGCCUCAGACAUUUGUGGUGUUUUGAUGUCCUUUGAGAAGAAACAAGACCUACAGUACUUCCUGUGGAGUUGCAAAGAUGAAAUGCCUAGUCAAAAGAGUCCUCCAGUUUAGCAAUCCCACCAGUGGUGAGCUGAGGCCAUGAAUUGCACUCGCACAAGAAACUUCCUCCAUUCCAUCAGCUCUACUUAACAGAGAAGUAGAGGAUCUAGUCUCAUAUUUAUUAGUGGCGUAGCCCCUUAUCUCAUGAUACUCAUUUUCCCUUGCCCUUGGAAUGAAACAAUAAAGAUGUUUUCAUUGUA